AUGUCCAAAAUAUUUUUGUAUGCAGGUGUUGGUAUCAUCUUUAUAUUUGUAUUUGUUUGCAUUUAUUUUGGAUACUGUGGAAUCCAAAGAAGACAAAUCAUCAAACGUAGAGAAAAAUUCUUCCAACAAAAUGGAGUUUCACUAUUGCAGCAACAAAUUGCUUCUCGUAGAGGUGUCACAGAUAAUGCCGGGAUUUUUACCAUGGAAGAGCUCAAUAAAGCAACCAACAACUUUGAUGAGAGCGGAAUACUUGGCCAAGGAGGGUAUGGUACGGUUUUUAAAGGAACCUUAUCAAAUGGCAAAGUAGUGGCAAUUAAGAAAUCCAAAAUAAUGGAUAAAAGCCAAAUUAUACAAUUUAUCAAUGAGGUUGAUAUCCUUUCUCAAAUCAACCAUAGAAAUGUGAUGAAGCUCUUGGGUUGUUGUCUAGAAAUGAAGGUUCCAUUGUUGGUGUAUGAGUUCAUCUCUAACGGAACCCUCUUCCAACAUAUUCAUAAUGAGAAUCAGGCAAUGUCUCUUUCAUGGGGAAAUCAUUUAAGAAUUGCUGCUGAAACAGCUGGAGCACUGGGGUAUUUGCACUCUGCUCAUUCAAUACCCAUCCUCCAUAGAGAUGUCAAUUCUUCCAAUAUACUUCUAAAUGAUAAUUACAUGGCUAAAGUAUCUGAUUUUGGAGCUUCAAGACUUGCUCCUUUGGAUCAAACUCAAGCAAUGACAUUAGUUCAAGGGACCUUAGGUUACUUGGACCCAAAAUGCUUUAUUAUAGGUCAACUAACUGAUAAGAGUGACGUUUAUAGCUUUGGUGUUGUCCUUUCUGGGCUUUUGACUGGGAAAAAGCCAAUACUAUCAGAAGGAUCCGAGGAGUGUAAAAGCCUUGCAAUGCAUUUUGUUUCUUCAUUGAAAGAUGACAAUCUUUUUCAGAUUCUCUUUUUUUUUAUGAGGAUAAAGAAGCACUAA